UCUCCAGUCGAUCUUUUAUGUGGACAACAACGAUCCCACGCUCACGCUUCACGCCAACAGCGUCUAUUACUCCCAGAUAUAGCUCCUAUUGGACUUGAUCCAUACACCGUCCUUAAGGAAAGAGACAGACGAAUUGAUAGACGAAUUGAAAGCAGACGAGAAACCUUAGAAUCAAUGGAGGUAGAAGAGCACCAGAAGCAACCAUUGGGUUAUUUAUUGCGUGAAUAUUACGAAGAAAUGGCAAAGAGUGCUUCUCCUGAAAGACAGCGUGACAUUAUUGAAUUAAGAUCCCUUCAACUGAGAGAUAAGCAAAGCAAGCUUCGAGAAGAGAUUGUGAGGGGUAUGGAAGAGGCCAGCAAAUUGGCCACUUCAGUAGAUAGAGCCGCCUACCGCAAGAUCAUGAAGCAGACAUUACGAGAAGCGAAAAUUACAGAGAAACUUGAGAAACAGCAGAGAAUCGACCGUGAAAAGAAAGAGAAACAGCGACAUCUUGAUUACUUGCAAACAGUAUGUAACCAAGGUCGCGAUCUUAUUUCAUGGCACAAGGCCCAUCAAGCCAAAAUGGGUAAGCUUGGAAAGGCUGUCCUCCAAUUCCAUGCACAUGUAGAUCGAGAAGAACAAAGAAGAGCAGAUAAAAUGUCAAAAGAGCGCAUCAAAGCUUUAAGAAACGAUGAUGAAGAAGCUUACAUGAAACUGAUUGAUGAGGCUAAGGAUACUCGUCUUACAUUGCUUCUAAAGCAAACUGGAUCUUACCUCGAGUCCCUCACUCGGGCAGUUGUUGACCAACAAAAUGAUCCGAUACACAGUCAAAACGAGGAAGAUAGCCUUGCACCAGAUGAGCCAGACGAAGAGACAAUGUUGACUGAUAAAAAUGGCAAUAAGAUUGAUUACUUUAGAAUGGCGCAUCGAAUCCAAGAAUCAGUACGUCAACCAGACAUGCUGGUAGGGGGUACACUCAAAGAGUACCAAGUCAAAGGUUUACAAUGGAUGGUAUCACUCUACAAUAACCGUUUGAACGGUAUCUUAGCAGAUGAGAUGGGCCUGGGUAAAACCAUUCAAACAAUUAGUCUGAUCACAUAUUUAAUUGAGCACAAAGGUCUACAAGGACCUUACCUAAUUGUUGUGCCUCUCUCGACUCUCACAAAUUGGGCACUUGAGUUUGAGAAAUGGGCACCAUCUGUAAGAAAGAUUGUCUACAAAGGUCCUCCGGAUGUGCGCAAAGAGAUCCAGAAAAAACAGAUUAAGCACAGAGACUUCCAAGUUCUCUUGACUACCUUUGAUUAUGUUAUCAAAGACAGGCCCGCAUUAUCGAAAAUCAAGUGGCUUCAUAUGAUUAUUGAUGAAGGUCAUCGUAUGAAGAAUAUCAAUUCUAAACUCACGCUCGUUCUUCGACAAUACUAUCAAUCCCGAUACCGUCUCAUUUUGACUGGUACCCCACUCCAGAACAACUUACCUGAGUUGUGGGCACUUUUGAACUUUAUCUUGCCCAAGAUCUUUAACAGUGUAAAAAGCUUUGAAGAAUGGUUUAAUACACCGUUCUCAAAUCAGGGAGUUCAGGAUAGGGUUGAUUUGAACGAGGAAGAACAAUUACUUAUCAUCAAACGUCUUCACAAGGUUUUGAGACCAUUCCUUCUACGCCGUCUGAAAAGAGAUGUAGAAUCUGAACUGCCAGAUAAAAUUGAGCGUGUUGUGAAAUGCAAACUAUCUGCUCUUCAGCUACGUCUUUACACCCAAAUGAAGAAACAUGGUAUUCUGUUUGCCAAGGGAUCUGGUGAAGGAGGACGGACGAGUAUCAAAGGUCUGAACAACACAAUCAUGCAACUGAGGAAGAUAUGCAACCACCCCUUUGUGUUUGAAGAGGUCGAGCGAUCCAUUAAUCCUUACAAGAUCAGUAAUGAACUAUUGUAUCGUACUUCUGGAAAGUUUGAGCUCCUCGAUCGUCUCCUUCCAAAGUUAAAAGCAACUGGGCAUCGAGUAUUGAUUUUCUUCCAAAUGACUCAAAUCAUGGACAUCAUGGAGGAUUUCUGUAUCUAUCGAGGACAUCGUCAUUUGCGUCUGGAUGGCUCUACAAAAUCGGACGACAGAUCUCACUUGUUGGAGAUUUUCAAUGCACCCGAAUCACCUUACUUUAUCUUCUUACUGAGUACGCGUGCAGGAGGUCUUGGCUUGAAUUUGCAGACGGCCGAUACUGUGAUCAUCUUUGACUCUGACUGGAACCCACAUCAGGAUCUCCAGGCUCAGGACAGAGCCCAUCGUAUUGGACAGACAAAAGAAGUGCGAAUUUUUAGACUGAUUACCGAAAACUCAAUUGAGGAGAGUAUUCUUGCGAGAGCACAAUACAAGUUGGACAUUGAUGGCAAGGUUAUUCAGGCAGGAAAAUUCGAUAAUCGUAGUACAGAAGAGGACCGGGAGGCGUUCUUGCGUUCACUACUCGAAGAUAAAACUGACGAGGAUGAUGGCGGAGAGGAAGAGAGCGAAGAUUUAGACGAUGAGGAGUUGAAUCUGAUGCUGAAGCGCUCAGACCAGGAGUACGCGGUGUUUACAAAGAUUGAUCUGGAAAGGCAAAGAUCGGAUCUUGAAGACUGGCGGCGUCGAUAUGGAAACACCACUACCAAGAAACCGGAGCGAUUGAUUCAGGAUUGGGAGUUACCAGAGGUGUAUCGGUAUGAGAGUGAUGGUCUUGAAGAAAGUCGUGAUUCGGAUCUUGUUAUGGGACGUGGGCAACGUUCUAAAGAGACUGUGCGGUAUGAUGAUGGACUUACCGAGGGACAAUGGCUUAAAGCAAUGGAGUCAGAGGAGGCAGGGAAUAAGCAUGCUACUAAUAGUAAACGGGGCUGGUCUCCUCAGGAGGGUCAGACAAAGAAGCGUCCAAGGAUGCAGUGAAAUUAAAUAAAUAAGAAUAUAUACUGUUAGUUAAUUAAAUCAAUAAAUAAAUAAAUAAAUAAAUAAUACAUCUUAAUAAUC